CCUUACUUAUAAAUAGCAAAAAAUUAAAAUACCUAGUGGUUUUUUUUUAUCGUGACCGUGAUUACUUAAUAAUGAAGUAUUACAUUAUUGCAAAAAUUGCUGAACUGAUAUGUUUUCAUCAUAUAACUUACCCACGUUUUGAGUUACUAAAACCGAAACCAUAUCGCCAUCCUGGAAUAUUUUUGGUAUAAAAGCAGUUAAGUCAGUCUAUAAGUAUAUCGACGAAAUUUGCACGUGGUAUCACGUGUAACCUCCCAUUUUAAUUAAAGGAAAAAGUAAAGUGUCGAUUUUCUCUAAUUUGAGGUAAUUUAAUAGCCAACAGUUAUAAUAUCAGUAUAGUACCAGUAUCAAAACCGAUUCUUUCUAAUUAACUUGAACCUCAACUGUCAAAUGUAGCCGGUUUGUAGAGGUCUUACAUUUACAGACGUGUAAACAAUUACCAGAAUCGUUCCCCACACGUGUUUAUGUAAACACUAUUGCCAGAUGGAUAAUAUUAAAUUAACAUAUUGCUCAUCUUACUCUAGAUCUUGGAUUUAUCAAUACUGAAGGUAGUGUAUAAGUUAAAUGCCUGUCUUUGAUCAGUGCCCGUAAAGUAUGUUGCAUUCGGCAAUCUUACACGGCGCAAAUAAUUAAAUAAAGAAACACAUUCAAUUGGCUUCAAUUUUCACACAUUACGGAUAUAUCUGAUAACUAUGGACUUUGCUCUCCACCUUUAAACUUUGUAAUUGCGAGAUGCUUUUUAUAAGCACACUUGCGUACAUUCGAGUAAUCCACGCCUGCGUCAUUCGCACUUUGUAUCCAUCUACUGUUUCUCUUUUAAUUGCACUACAAUUUAGUUGUCUACAUACAUCAUGCGAUGUCAUUGUCAUUAGUGACCUGUUCUUAAUGACUUGCGGAGGAAAUAAUGUGUUUUAUAACGUAAUUCUGCUCACGAGUACCUUCGCGUGGACUCUUCCAAUUCCCUUGUUAUGGUCAUAUAAUGGGCUAUAAAACAAUAUGACUCUGUCAACGUACCUUUUUAUAGACCUUUUAGCAAUAAACCUAGAAGCUAGUUGGUGUACAAAAAUCCUUAUUAUAUACUUCUAUCUAGACAUAGAAUAGUUCGACCUUUAUCUCUAGGGAAAUCCUAUCCAGCCGGGAUAAAAUGAAGCCAGUUUCCUUUUCCUUGACGUGGCUAUCUGUACAAAGUUUCCCGUUUAUCGGCCUGUCGAGACUACCGUCGGUAAUAUCAAUAUAUUUCACAUUCCUCAAGUGUAACACAAACGUAGAGUCUAGACAAAUGUUGUUUAUUUGUAAAAUAUUUACUUAGCACCACACUCACAUUAAAACAUCAAUCACUCAGAUUGCUAUGUAUUUACAAGGCAGUAAUGACUUGUUUACAUGCACGUUGAGACUGCUCGACGGGACAUAAAGUUAUACGCGUGUCGGGAAGGUGUGACAGCCAAUAUUUAAAUCUGUUCACAGUGAUGCAUUUCAAAAUGUGUCGAACACUUGGCACCAAUGUCACGCCCUUUGACGUCUUGGCAAAUUAAAAUACCUAAUCAAUACUCGCACCAAAUUUAAAAUCGAUAGCUUCCUUAUUUAUGCGCCUCAAGGACUUUCCUACUCUUCACUGCAUCAAAGCACAGUAAACCGCACUGUUUAUUACCUAAUCGGAACACGUGUUUACAUGGAUAGUAAUCAAUGUUAUCAUAAAUACUCCAUUUUAUGGCUGGAAACAUCUUGUGCAUAUUUAGCGGAAAUAAAACUUUAUCUAGCAAGAUGGAAACAGCAUAUCCUUAGCAUAAUACGAGAAACUUGCUGGCAAUAUUAUCCAAUACAAAUAAACCAAUGUCAAAAUAGCAAAUUGGAAGAAGUCGCACAUACUUAAUAAAUAGCACCGACAAAAGAAUCUUAUGAUUAAUUCGUUACAGCAAUUUUAAAGCGGGACAGUGUUCAGAAAUAUCGUCUCCAGAGCUAGAACACAACCUUGCGCUAAAUUACGAAUUGCGUGGUUUUGUCAAAUGCAAGUAGGUAAUAAGUCGUGGGGAUUAAGCGAUUCUAUUUGCGGACAAUCAGUUUUAGAUGCUGUAAUAUAUUAGAUAAUAAUUAAUCCAACCACAUGAAACUAUUGGCAGUAGUUUUUGGCCUGACAUCGACGUUUGACGAACUUUACCCCCUUAGCUAAUGCGUGACGGGACUUGAAAAAUGCGAAUACAAUUCUACGUCAUUCACAUGCUAUUAUGUGGCUGGCAUGAUACUCAUUGCUAUGCCUUAAUUAAGGCAAGAACUAUGUUUAGAUCGCCCAGGUCGAAUAAAUUGUUCUAAUCUAACUAUCCGCCGUUAGAGUAGGCAGCUUGUUUAUAACCUACGCAGUUUGAAUUAUUCCAACCGCAAAUUUCCGCACCUGACUUAUAUUUAGACAACAGUUAUGGGCGUUCUGCACGAUUUAUAGGAAAGAUCAUCCUAUGACCCCUAAUUAUUUAUACUGAUCACCUGGACCAUGUCCAGAGGAAUGUCGGAAUGACACCUAGGAGUGACUGUUUAGACGCAUGUAAAUCAUACGAUGUUCGCAUAUCGUGGUAUUAUUCACCGCAAAUAUCGAUAUCUUCGUUAACGUUCGGAUUACGCCCGGCGGCGGGGGUGCUUUGUAGUGGUGACCGCAGUCGCAUGCGCCGAGCCGCCCGCGCACGGCCGCCCGCCGAGGCCGCACCGAAGCCGUGCUAUGCCACACCGUCUAGGUCAUUACACUUAUUCGCGUGUACACCUUAUCGCGUUCUUAUUAUCGCAUUAAACCUAUUUCAUUCGAGUAUAGAUCGAUUCCGGCGCCCGUUCGUAAAGAGUCUUGAAUUUUUCGUGCGGCGAACGCGAACGGUCGCGCUUGUAACGCUCGUCCGUCGGAUGACAUCAGUUAAGCCAGCACGUCCGCUGGAAACAAUACGCACUCAGUGUCCACGCUGUGGCAGUGUCGGACGUACGAAGACCUUCAUGGAGGACGGGCGGUGCGCGACAUGCGAGGCUCUGGGUCGCCGGAGUCUCUCUACCAAAUUGCUGCAGGUGGCCACCGCGCAGGCGCAUAUGAGGACAUGCUCACAUGCCGCCUCUCCACCUGAACAGGUGCAUGACUCCGAUCUCGCUUCCCGGGCUCUCGCCGCCAAGCGACGCAAGUCUAUAGCCGGCUUCAAGCUUAAUUUGUUGAUAGACUCGCAACCGAAAUCGACGACUACCGAACAACCCCGAUCGCCAUUCGCUCGUAGAAACACGUGGUGCUCCGCAUCGGGCACAAGCGCGGUGGCCAUCGACAACAAGAUCGAGCAAGCUAUGGCUCAAAAAAUAGAAGCCGAUGGCUACCAUUCAGAAACGCACCAUGUCACAACAUCCGAUGGGUAUAUACUGGAGAUGCACAGGAUCCCAUACAAGAACUCCGCAGCGGAGGUGUCACAGGACAGGCCUGUCGUGUUCCUCAUGCAUGGGCUCAUGUCUGCCUCCGUGUCCUUCGUAGGCCUAGGACCCGAAAACAGUUUCGCCUACCAUCUAGUAGACGCCGGCUUCGACGUUUGGAUGGGAAAUGCCCGAGGAAACAAGAACUCCCGUCACCACGUCACCUUGGACCCUGAUGAUGUACUCCAGCAGUACGCGUUCUUCGACUUCAGCUUCGAAGAGAUCGGUAUACGCGACUUGCCAGCCAUGAUAGAUUAUGCUCUGGAGUACACUAAGAAAGAUCAGCUGCAUUAUAUUGGGCAUUCUCAGGGUGGCACAGUAUACCUUGUACUAAGUUCGAUGUUGCCCGAGUACAAUAAGAAGAUCAAGUCCACUCAUCUGCUGGCAGGAGUUGGAUACAUGGAGUACUUCCCCCACCAGGAACUGUCGCAAAUAGCAGCAUUGACAGACAUGAUUUACGGCAUAGCUUUACAAAACGGAGUGGUGGAGCUGUACCCGCCUAACUCCACAGAAAUGUUUCCAGCUGAUCUGCUCCCAGGCCGUACAAGCUACAGGGUAGCGGAUUACUGCGCUGGGGACGUCGCACUGAGGCAUUAUUGUGAGCUUUUCGGUGUCAGACAUUUAUUGAAAAAUGUAGAAGAGCCCACCAUUUACGAUCAGCCGGGUGCAGCUCUCAAGCAAAUCGCUCACUACGGCCAGAACAUCAGAGACAAAAUAUUCCGCCGCUUCCAUUACGGUUCUCUUGACAACCUCGAAAUUUACGGCACCAACACCCCACCGCCCUACGACUUAGGUCUCAUCACAACUCACGUGACCAUGCACUAUUCCUUAGCAGACGAGUUAUUGGAUGAAAGAGAUGUCCUAGCCAUGGUAGCUGAUAUGCCAAACGCAAUCGCUCGGAAGGUAGCGAGAGAUUCAUUCGAACAUGGAGAUUAUGUAAUCGCCUUAGAUGCUAAGGAGCUCGUGACAGAUUACAUUAUUGCUGCCAUUAAUAAUGACGGUGUACCACCUCAAACAGAAGCAACACCUGCACUUACACCUGCACCAACACCUGCACCAACACCUGCACCCACAGCUGCACCCAUAACUGCAACAUCACCUCCACCGACAACAACAACGCCAUCAGUAGCCGUUGUUGUUGAUGAAACAACGUCUGAAGACAAUGUUCUGCCGACGGAAUCUAAUGAAGUAGCGCCAACAUUACCUGAUGAUAUCACGACACCAGCAACUGGUUCCGCACAUACAUUUAACGUGAUAACUUACACAUAUCUACUUCUAAUCAGUUUAUAUGUUAUACUGAAGUAAAAGUCAGUAGAACAU